GCCUUUCAUCACCAGACACGAAAACACUCCGAUCCUUCGAGUACGAUCCGCAUCCGAUUCGGUUUCUUCACUAGCCUCGUCCUCUACUUGAACGUCUGGAAAUAUCCAAUGAAAUCAUUAAAAAAACAAAGCUGUUUCUUUUUACCAUUGGAUUCUGCUUUUGCGUGGUCAAGUCCAAGUAAAUCUUCCUGAACAAACGAUCAAAUCGUUCGUUUGUUAUUAUUUCAGCGUGUUAUUUCAGCGACAAUGUCCUAUUUGUGAGCUAAAGUCAGUAAAACGGCAAUGAGCUAUGAGAUGUGAAAAUGUGAAACUCAACUCACGUCUCACAAUCUGUCAGAUUGCUCAGCUCACUUGCUCACUUUAAGACCGGUCGCUGUCAAAACAAACCGGAUCGCCAAAAGGAGUCGUCGCUCGGUUAUCCAAUCCGAAAAGUAUUUUCUACAAAAAUGCUCGCCCUUACCAGUGUUGCUUUUGUGCGGUGGACAACCUCGUCUCUGCUAGUUAAUGGUGCCCGGUUGCUGCAAACCACUCCCGUCGAUUUGGCCGCCCGGAAAGGUACACGUGAAAAGGCUCGCAAAGCAAAGGUCAAGAAGGUGGUCGAAAAAGUGGGAUUCGUCCGACACGAUCUGAGGAAAAAGGGCAAGCUCAACAUAAUUGCAGAAAAUAAACACAUCAACGACAGUUGGAAGCAAGACCCGAAGGACAACUGCUGGGUGAGCAAGUACUACAAGUGGCGCGUGUACUCUGUCGAGGAAGCGAUCAACUGCCACCGGGAAUCGCACCACCCCACUGUCUACAAUCUGCCGAAUGCCCCGCUCUAUGCACACGUUGAGCUGAACAUGCAGGCGGAAAAAGUGACUCGCUUCGUGGACAACUUCCAGAGAAUGGUCGCGAUACAGCAUCCGUUCCCUCAUGGCGAAAAUCGAAACAUAAUCGUGUUCGCGAAGGGCCAAGAGCCAUUGCAGGAAGCUAAAGGGGCUGGCGCUUCGCUGGUCGGGGGCCUGGAGUUGAUAAAGGAAAUUCAGAACGGUGAUCUGCAGCUGUCGGAGUAUCCGUUCGUGCUGGCCCAUCCUAACAUUCUCCCGGAGCUGGUGGUUAUCCGUGGUUUGCUGAAAAAGAACAAGUUUCCAAAUCCACGAUCCGGCACGUUGGGUGUGAAUUUGGCAGAAAUGAUAGAAAAGUACGCCCACGGCAUCAACUACAGUGCAGCAAAGGACGAGCAGCAGAAAGAUUUUGGUUCCAUCGUCGCCUGCAUCGGGACGCUCGAAAUGGACGAGAAACACCUAGAAAAUAAUUUGAUCGCGCUGCUCAAGGAUGUUAACACGAUGCGACCGAAGCGUGAAGGAAAGUUUGUGACACGCGUCCUGCUGAAAAGUCCUCCAUCGGGAGAGAAUCUGAAGAUCGAUCCGUUCCUGUACAUCCCGGCGGAAACCACCUUAACCAAAAAGUCAUCGAAAGCGGAUGCUGUCGCUGAAGAGGACGAUGACGUGGAGGAGCAACCGCAAGUGGCCAGUGGAGCCGCGUGAAGUCGGCAGCGGCUCAACGUUUGACCUGUUUUCUACGGGGAUCGGUUCCGGAAACCGUGUGCCUGUAGUGGAAUUGAAUAAAGAUGAAAAUUGUA